GUACGGGCAAACUUUGAUCCAGCCAUGUAUAACACAACGAACACAUAUUGGGAAAGAUUUCAUUUUGACAGUGAUUAAUAGUCGAGAUUUGUAUCACACGAUUGCUGCUCUCUCUGCUUCUUAAGUCUGUUACAAAAAGUUAGACAAUCGGUGAUUUGGUGUACAAAGGUCAUUUAUAAAGAAAGUAGAUAAGAUUGCACAAAAUGGCAUACACAUCACAGAAGCACAGAAAUUUCGUCGCUGAGCCGAUGGGAGACAAGCCAGUCACAGAACUAGCUGGCAUUGGUGACGUUCUGGGCGGCAAGCUGGAAGAAGCAGGCUUUGAUAGGGCUUAUAAGGUGUUGGGCCAGUACCUAGUGUUCGGAAAGGACGAGAAGCGGUUCAAGGAAUGGCUCAAAAAUACGACAGAGGCCAUCAAGAAAGAGCAGAAUGAUUGCUUUGGAUGCCUCAAGGAAUGGUGCGACCGGUUCUUGUAGACAUGAAGCUGGAAAAUGGAAUACGAUUUCAUUUCAGUGUUGUUCUUUUUUAAAAAUAAUUUAUUGUUAUUAGGAUGUAAUGUUUAUCAGUAAUCAGCUAAUUUACGAUGUAAUUUAUAUAGCAUCAGCUUGAUAACUGCAACUUGGUUUGUCAUGCACCUUAUUCAUGGUAUUGUGCGCAGUACUCUUUUGUUUAUGUCAGCUUGUAUCAAUACAGAAUCUUUUAGAUUGUCUAUAAAGAGAUUGCCAGUAUUUGAUUUUAACUAAACUAACUGUUCAUAUGUGCACAUGACUUAUUGAAAUAAACCCCGUUUGGUUUGGUACUAUUCAACAAUGUUGCAUUGUAAAUGUUAUAGCCUUAAAACAUGGUAGAAGUUUGUUUUAAUGUUAAUGCUGGAGUACUUAGAACAAUAAGGAGACUGAAAUAUGCGUGACACUUUUAAGUAUAUGCUUUAUUCAGCACUUAAUAUUUAACACAAAAGCAAUUUUUAACUACACUUGGAGACUUUUCUAACGCAUCACUUAAUCAUAUCAAUAUACAAUAUACAAUCGUUAAUUGGAUUAGCAAGUGUAUAUAACAAGAUAACAGCUAUUGUAUAAAGGGGUACUUAUGGUGCAAUAUACAGGCCCAUUAAUCAGAAUUGAUGGGAUUAGGUGACAUCUUUGAAAGGGGAUAGUCAUUCAUAAGAUGAGAUUAGCACAUUAUCAUACAAAAACAUUUUUAUAUAGUUUAUCACUGUUUUAAUUAUUAUUAAUAAAUUGCUUUGAAUUUACCUUUUUUUAAUUCAUAAAGUUAUUAAUUUUUCCUUAAAUUCCACAAAUUCAUUUAAUAAAAACGGGUAAUUGUG